GCAGAGACUUAAGAUUCGCUAUGGCCGAAGGGACUCAAGCAAUGCGCGCGUCGAGCAUGAUAGGUGAUGAGAUGAGCAGACGCCUGCUUCUUCGAGGAUCGGCCCCGGGCGGCGGUGUCCAAUGACAGGCGAGGACGGCGACGGGAAAGGAUCGUGAAGGAUUCUCUGACGUCUGAUGUAUGGAUUUUGGUGUUUUGGAAGCUUCAAGGGCAGGAUGUCGCCGAGGGAAAUGUACACACAUAUAUAUAAAAGAUGUGGUGUCCAUAGGACUUUUUGGGUGGUUGUUCAGGACCUUCAUUGCUGAACGACAUCAUGAGGUUCUCGACGACCGCUCUCUUGGGUCUUGCUUCUGCCGCGAGCGCGCUGACCCCCGCGCAAUGGCGUAGCCAAUCUAUCUACCAGCUGCUCACCGACCGUUUUGCGCGCGCCGAUGGGUCGACGACGGCGACCUGCAAUACAGGCGAUCAGGUCUACUGCGGGGGGAGCUGGCAGGGCGUCAUCGACAAGCUGGAUUAUAUCCAAGGGAUGGGCUUUACCGCCAUCUGGAUCUCCCCCAUUGUGGAGAAUCUCUCGGGCAAUAGUGCGGACGGGGAGGCGUACCAUGGGUAUUGGGCGCAGGAUAUCUACCAGGUGAACAGUAACUUUGGAUCCUCCUCGGAUCUGGUCGCACUCUCGAAUGCGCUGCAUCAGAGAGGCAUGUACCUGAUGGUCGAUGUGGUGACGAACCAUAUGGGAUAUCUUGGGUGCGGCACGUGUGUGGACUACAGCAUCUUCAACCCCUUUAACUCGGAAUCGGACUAUCAUCCCUUCUGUCUGAUUGAUUAUAACAAUGCUACCAGCGUCACGGACUGCUGGGAGGGCGACAACACGGUCUCACUGCCGGAUCUCCGCACUGAGGACUCAGGUGUGUUGAGUGUGUGGGAGGACUGGAUCACGAGCUUGGUGUCGAAUUACAGUAUUGAUGGGCUGCGGGUUGAUAGUGCGCAGCAGGUCGACACUGCGUUCUUCCCCCCUUUCCAAUCUGCUGCUGGAGUCUACAUCGUCGGAGAGGUCUUCAACGGGGACCCUACGUACGUCUGCCCCUACCAACAAUACAUGAGCGGCGUCCUCAACUACCCGAUCUAUUUCGCCAUCACUCAGGCCUUCCAAUCCACCAGCGGCAGCAUCAGCAGCCUCGUGAACAGCAUCAACGAGAUGAAGUCCGACUGCAGCGACACGACGCUCCUCGGCUCCUUCAUGGAGAACCACGACAACCCGCGCUUCCCGUCCCUCACCUCCGAUCUCUCCCUCACCAAGAACGCCAUCGCCUUCACCAUGCUCGCCGACGGCAUCCCCAUCAUCUACUACGGGCAAGAACAGCAGUACGCGGGCGGCGCCGUGCCCAACGACCGCGAAGCCCUCUGGCUCUCCGGGUACUCCACCACGUCCCCGCUCUACACCUUCAUCGCGUCGGUAAACCAGAUCCGGAAUCAAGCCAUCUACAAAGACAGCCAGUACGUGCUGUACAAAGCGUACCCGAUCUAUUCGGACAGCACGACGGUGGCGAUGCGCAAGGGCUCCGACGGGUCACAGGUCAUUGCUGUCUUCACGAAUCUGGGAGCCGGAGGGAGUACCUAUACCCUGACGCUGCCGGCGAGUGAUACGGGGUUUGGGGAUGGCGAGGACGUGCUCGAGAUCUUGACCUGUGAGGGCGUGACGACGGAUGGGAGUGGGAAUCUAGCGGUACAGAUGGGGGAGGGCUUGCCUAGGGUGUUUUAUCCAAAGGCGCAGUUGGAGGGGAGUGGGAUUUGUGGGAAUUGAAAAGCAAAGGGAGGAAAGGGCGAAGAUCUCAUAUAAUCUAUAUGUAUAUAAAAGCACAUAUCUUAGGACAUAUAUAUAUAUAUAGUGUUUUAUUCCUCG